GCGCCGGGCGAGCCUCUGCAAGAGGAGAAAAAAGAAGGGGAAGCGCGCUGAAGCGCAGGAGGCGGCGUGAGCCCUCCGGCGCGCCGUAGGAGAUGGAGGCGCGCCCCCUGGAGGAAUAGGCUGGGGAGAGCCGAAGAGGAGGUUUAAACGGGCGGGACUUCCGCCAAGGGGCCGAAGGCGAUUCGCUAGCAGCGGAGCUGCACGGGCGGAAACAGGGAUAGAAUGAGCCAGGGUGACUCAAAUCCAGCAGCGAUUCCACAUGCAGCUGAAGAUGUCCAGGGAGAUGACAGGUGGAUGUCACAGCAUAACCGAUUUGUCUUGGACUGCAAGGACAAGGAGCCUGACGUGCUGUUUGUGGGAGACUCCAUGGUGCAGCUGCUACAGCAAUAUGAGAUAUGGCGAGAACUCUUUUCACCUCUACACGCGCUGAAUUUUGGAAUUGGUGGGGACACAACAGGGCAUGUUCUGUGGAGACUGAAGAAUGGUGAACUGGAAAACAUUAAGCCCAAAGUUAUAGUUGUUUGGGUUGGAACAAAUAACCACGAAAACACAGCAGAGGAAGUAGCUGGUGGAAUAGAGGCCAUUGUGAGGCUGAUAAAUACGCGGCAGCCCCAGGCCAAGGUUAUCGUACUGGGCCUCCUACCCCGGGGUGAGAAGCCAAACCCACUGCGGCAGAAGAACGGCAAGGUCAACCAACUCCUGAAGACCUCACUGCCCAAACUCAGCAGCGUCCAGCUGCUGGAUGUGGACGGGGGCUUUGUGCACUCGGAUGGCGCCAUCUCAUACCACGACAUGUUUGAUUUUCUGCAUCUAACGGGAGCCGGCUAUGCUAAGAUCUGCAAACCCCUCCAUGAACUGAUCAUGCAGCUCCUGGAGGAGACCCCUGAAGAGAAGCAGGCGACUCUGGCCUGAUCCCAGCAGUGUUAACAGCAACCCAGCUCCCAUCAGCGCAGUUCUUUUUACCCUGGCACUACAGAAUCCUCCUGACUCAAAGCGCUUUCCAUUGUUGAAUGUUACUGGGUGUUGUGUUUAGCACUGGAAAGGGGGGAGGGGGGGGGGAAGGGAGGGAGCGAGCUGGCGUCGCAGCACACCGGUCGGCCCAGUAAGUCAAAGAGCCACCUUGAUGGGGUGGUCAUAACUGCAGGAUGAUAUUGACCGAAGAAGAAGGAUUUUACUUUGUCAUUUCUCGUUUACAGUGUGAACAUAUCUGUCACCUGUCCAUGGCUCAUGUUCUGCUGUUGUUCUGCCAGUUCUCCUUCCUUAGUGUCCAGGCUUAUUUCAAUAGCCCUUCAGUGUCUGAGCUUACUAGCUGUACUCACAUUCCACUCCCUGAACUGAAAAGUAGCUGCUUCUUUAAAAGUUGGAAUUGUUUGGAGAGUUUUUAUACUUACUGGGGUUGGGUUUUCGUUUUAAGUGAUGCUAGCUGCUUUCUGGCUUUGGCAAAAAAAAAAAAAAAAAGUUACAGCUACGUACAACAA